CACACCUCUUUGUCGCGCCCUACUCGGCUGCAGCGCAAAAUCCGUGGACGUGCGGUCGUCCAGCACCCCUUUGCUAGCGCCCCGUGCGGCUGGGCCCACAACUGCAGCGCAAUGCGCCGCCACACUCUCUCUACAGUGCUUGCAGCCAGUGCAGCGCGCUGCGCCACGGCCUUCACGCCAUCGCAGCGAUGCACCAAAACGCAAAAACUGCACAGCACGCCCGUCGCCAGCGACGAGUGGCCCACAUUUCCCGUGUUCGAGGGUGCUGAUGCUUUGUUCCCGAUCCCGUUCGACGAUGCCAGAGUGACGUACCAGUUCACGAGUGCGCUCCAUCGACGACUCGUCGACGCGGCGUUGCUCGAUGGUGUGCCCCAGUUCUUCCACGUCGUCAAGAAAGGUGAGACGCUCGAAGGGUCGAUCGGCGUCGUCUGCUUGAUUUUACAGGUCACGGAGGGCGACCCGAACGACCCGCAGUUUGCUUCUCUAGAAUCUCCGCCGUACCGGGUUACCGUGAAAUGUGAAGGACGAGGUAUUGUCUUGGAUACCGUCUCGACGAUACCGUUCAGCACGGCUCGAGUGCAGCCUCUGCUGGAUGACAAGUCCGCCAAGAAUGACAUCGAGGUCCAGACGCUGGAAAAUCAAUGUUUUGCCAAGGCCCGACGCGUCGCAGAACUGUCAGCAAAACUCGAGGGCAAGGGCGUGUUUGCCGACCAGGCGCAAGAGGUCCUGGAGUCGUUUAUGUUUAGGAUCAAGGCCUUUGAAGAUCUAGCUUUGGAGAAUUUCAACGAGUGGUCCGACGAAGAACGGAGAGAAAGGGCCGGGUUCCUUUUGUUAGCCUUAACUACGUUACCGAGAGCCGAGGAGGCUGCCUGCUUAGCAGCAACGGACGCCUUCGAGCGGUUUACCAUACUAGACAAUUUCCUGGGGAAGACGGAGUCGGAAUUAAGCGCCAAAGUCGCCUUGGACGGCGUGUUUGGGGAUAGUGCGCCGCGCGCGCCCUUGCCUCGAUCUGGAGAUAGAAUCAGUUUCUUCUGGACCGAGGAGGACGGCUGGUGGGAUUGUGAAGUUGUGGAACGCGUGGCGCCCGGCUUCUACUCGGUGAAGUGGGACGUCGACGGUUCCAUAACACGCGUCCAGCUCGACGACGACAACGCGAACCGGUGGCGCCUGGUCCCGCGGCAGCGGCCGCCGGAGCAGUCGGAGCGGCGGAAGCGGGGGUAA